AUGCAAAUCCAACAUCCCACCGCUGCCAUGAUUGCGCGGACGGCCACGGCACAAGACGACGUGACGGGUGAUGGGACCACUUCGACGGUCUUGUUGUGCGGCAGUAUCCUGCAACAGGCGGAUCGGUAUUGUCGCGAAGGAUUGCACGCUCGUGUCAUCGUGGAUGGAUUGGAAUUGGCACGAGAAGCCGUACUCGAAUUCCUAAAGACGGACUUUGCCUUAGUCCCCGAUAGUAGCGUGGAUGGCUUUAUUCAUGAUCGAGAGUUACUCCAUCAUGUCGCUCUCACGUCGCUACGAACCAAAUUGGAUCCCUCUUUGGCCGAUUCGAUGGCCCUCCGUGGGAUGGUCCUGGAUCAUGGAGCUCGUCAUCCCAACAUGCCCACGCUAGUCAAAAAUUGCCACAUCAUGACCGCCAACGUUUCCUUGGAGUACGAAAAGACCGAAGUCCAGUCGGGAUUCUUCUACUCCAAUGCCGAAGAACGAGAAAAACUCGUCGAAUCCGAACGCAAAUGGCUCGACGAACGAUGCCGUUUGAUUGUCGAAUUCAAACGCAAGGUCUGCAAGGAAGGAGAAUCCUUUGUCAUGAUUAAUCAAAAAGGAAUCGAUCCCAUGAGUUUGGACAUGUUUGCCAAGGAAGGAAUCCUCUGUUUGCGUCGGGCCAAACGACGCAACAUGGAACGACUCACAUUGGCAUGUGGAGGAUCGCCCAUUCACAGUCUGGAAGAUAUGGAAGAAUCCAUGCUCGGAUACGCCGGAAAGGUGUCGGAAGUCACCUUUGGAGACGACAAAUUCACCUUUGUGGAAGACUGCAAACACCCCAAAUCGUGCACGCUUCUCUUGCAGGGACCGAAUAAACUCGUCAUGGAUCAAAUGAAGGAUGCCAUUCGAGAUGGCCUACGAGCCGUCAAGAAUGCCAUUGAAGAUGCCGCCGUCGUCCCCGGAGGUGGUGCCUUUGAAUUGGCCGCAUACAUGCACUUACGCAGCAAAGUUGUGCCCUCCACCAAGGGGAAGGCAAAGUUGGGAGUGGAGGCAUUUGCCGAAGCGUUAUUGAUCAUCCCCAAGACAUUGGCGGAAAACUCGGGAUUGAUGUCCAAGAACCCCCAUCCUCAAGCCGAGGAAACGGGCGCUCCGAGCUACCCGUCGGCUUGA